UUUACGCGCGGAGCAUGAAGAAGCGAGAGGAAACUCUGAGACGAACAUCAUCAGCGUCCCGAUCUUCUCCACGCCAGCCGUUGGUGGAUCACGUGCUCUCGUUCACGGUCGCAGACAGCAGGAUCUGGCUCAGGAGCCACAGAUCAUGGAAGAAGACGCGUCUCUGGUCGAGAUCAGCCCUCGUUUCGUCUUGAAUCUCAUCAGAACAUUCCAGGGCAGCUUCGGUGGACCCACGCUGUAUGAGAGCCCUCACUUUGAGCCGCCCAACACGCACCGGCGGAUGAUCCGACAGAAGGAGAAGCGCAGAGAGCAGCAGGAGGUGUUCUGGACUCCAGCCGAGGCCACAGACACACAGAAGCAGCUCAGACGCACGCAGAUGAAGAAGAGAACGCAGAUGGAGCGCAAAGGCCUGCCAUAAGCUGUGGUGUUCACUCAUAAAACGUCCCUGUCACCACAGGUCUGCGUCGAUAUUAUAAUGAGCUCUGAUCCCAGAUCAGAGGUUCUGCUUCCUGAACAGUGUUUCUGUUGUUGUUCAGGUCGAGGAGCUGUGUUUCUGCUUCUUUUGUAAUGCAGUGCGAUCUUAAUAAACCUUUUAUUAAUGUUCAAA